UUGUCGGCCGAAAGGCUGGGAACACGUGCCUCGCGGGUGGCGUGCUCGUUUUGGUGUCUCAAAUAUGUAAAGCACUUGGCAGCUCAGUCCUUGCCAAUGCAUUAUUGUUGUCUGCUAAUGUAAGACCCUGCAAACACAACUUUCAGUUAAUUCCAUCGUAACUGUGUAGGGAGUAAGAUCUUGACAGCUCUGGUCAGAUGUGUUACCAUUUUUGCAUUGGUUUGUCAAGAAGUAGUUCUAAUCUGUGAUUUAGUCAUCACAUUUUGAACCAUAGAAACAAAACUGCAAUAUGAAGGUGAAGUGUCUGGUUCGAAAUCCAGAUGAUUAUCUGAGAGAAACCAAGAAAGAUAUUUUCAAGAUGCCCAGGAACUACGACCCAGAGCUGCACCCGUUCACGGCUCCGCGCGAAUACACGCGCGCCAUGAACGCUGUUAAGCUGAGCCGCAUGUUCGCCAAGCCAUUUCUGGGCAGUCUAGAUGGCCACCGGGACAGCGUGACAGCACUGAGCAAGCAUCCGACCAGCUUGUCACAGCUGUACACAGGCGCCGCGGACGGAGAGGUCCGGAUAUGGGAUCUGGCGCAGAUGCGGUGUCUGCGCACCAUCCAGGCUCACGAGGGCUAUAUCCGCGCCAUGACGCACACGAUCGACGGCAGCGCUUUUUUUACCGUCGGGGACGAUAAGACGAUCAAGAGAUGGCGUUCGGGAGCUGUCAACGAGGACGAAGAAGAGGAACCAGAAAACACUGUCCUGCUGAGGACCAUAGUAACGAGCAUCAGCCACGCGGUGGGCAGGCCGCAGUUCGCCACGUGUGGCGAGACAUGCCAGAUCUGGGAAGAGUCUCGCAACGAGCCGCUCAAGACGUUCUCCUGGGGCGUUGACAGCCUCAGCUGCGUGCGCUUCAACCCGGUGGAGACGCACAUGCUGGGUGCCUGCGCCAGCGACCGCAGCAUUAUCCUGUACGACACGCGGGAGCUGCAGCCGAUCCGGCGGGUCACCACCCAGCUGCGCUCCAACGUCAUCGCAUGGAACCCCAUGGAGGCGUUCGUCUUCACCGCCGCCAACGAGGACUACAAUCUGUACUCUUGGGACAUGCGACGCCUUAGGCGGCCGCUCGUUAUCCACAAGGACCACGUAUCGGCCGUCAUCGAUGUUGACUACUCACCCACUGGCCGCGAGUUUGUCUCCGGCGGCUACGACAAGACGCUGCGCAUCUUCGGGGCCAGGGAGGCACACUCGCGGGAUAUCUACCACACGCGGCGCAUGCAGCGCGUCGCGUGCGUCUGCUGGAGCGGCGACGACAAGUACGUGCUGAGCGGCAGCGACGAGAUGAACGUGCGCCUGUGGAAGGCGCGCGCCAGCGAGAAGCUGGGCGUGCUGAAGGAGCGCGAGCGUGCCGCGCGCAACUAUAACAGCCGGCUGGUGGAGAAGUUCGGCAGCCACCCGCAGGUGGCGCGCAUCCAGCGCCACCGCCAGGUGCCACGGCAGGUGCUCACGGGCCGCAAGGAGCAGCGCGUGAUGCGCGCCAGCCAGAAGCGCAAGGAGGCCAACCGGCGCGCGCACUCGCGGCCGGGCACCGUGCCUUACGUGGCCGAGGCGGACAAGUUUGUGCUCCGGGAGCAGGAGUGAUGGCCGUGGGCGUGGC